AUGCCUCGCUACAAGUCCUACCGCCGUUCCCAGGCUGCCAAGAGAAGGGUGGAGACGCAACGUGCUCUGAACAUUGAACUCGAGCAGACUGGCAUUGCCAGUCAUGCAUGCAGAGGUACUGGUUACCGACAUGCUGUGCGGAAAUGGCCAACUUCAUCCGUUACUGGACAAAGCCACAAGGUGGUAAUUCCAGCUGAGUCACCAGACAAGAAGUUUGUGCUGCUUGUUGGUGACUCCCACCUAAGAAGUGUUGCUGACGGAUUCGUGGAGAUGCCAGAGGGGGACUUGUCAUUUGGUGUGAUGGCAACCCCAAAGGCUGCUGCAGCUGAGCUGAGGAUGGAGGUGAUGAAUGCCGUUUUGCCUCGGACGCCUGAUGCCGUCUGUCUUUUGGCCCCCAGCAACAACCUGACUGCCAGCAAGACCAUUGACGAGGCCGCGGCAGACUUCGGCAACCUUCUUGUUAGUCUCUGCAACCUCCAUGAUAACGUGGCUGUGCUGGACUUUCCUCCACGUUUGAAUGUUGACAUUGACCUACAGCAACACCUUCAUCAGGCGUUUCAUUUUGUGGCUGCACAUAUGGGUGUGAAGUACUUCUCUACUGUGGAGUGCUUUCCCAUGACCAACCUGGAGUUGUGGAGCAGGGAUGGUGUCCACCUGUCUGACACUGUGGGGAUGCCUAUCCUGACGCAGCUGCUGUGGUUUGCUUCCUACAUGAUACUUCAGCCACCAGCCCCAGAGCUCCAGUUCCCACCCAGGUCACCACAGCGCAGAUCCUUGCAAAGACUGGUUGUGAAGGAAGAGGUCACCGAACUACAUCCACCAGUCAACCCCUUUGAGUGGACGCCUGUUAGACGUGGCCAGAAGAGACAUCAGCCAGAGGAGCUGCAGCAAUCCAGUGGUCUGGCUUGCAAAAGGAGCCUACUACAGCAGCAGGUGGAGGAAGCUCCAAGUGGUGUGCAGGUGUGUUCCUGGAGAUCACCUAGCCGUGCAGCGACUGUGUCCGUAAAACAGGAGGUGGACAUGGUCUCGAUUGGUGUGAACACAUCUUCCAGGCCGCUAUCUGCAAGGGCUGUGAAUGAGGAGUUGGAUGCCACACCGAGCACUGUUGACAUGCCCAUCCAAAACAUGCCAAGUCUAAAGCUUAUAUCUGCAACCGACACACAGUAUUCAGCCACUGUGCUGAAGUCCAUGAAUGAGCAGCGGAGUCAUGGAUUGUUUUGUGAUGUCACCAUUAUUAUACAGGACAAGAAAUUCAGAGCUCACAAAACAAUCCUGUCAGCCUCGAGCACGUAUUUCCACCAGCUCUUCAGUGUUGCCGGACAAGUGAUCGAGCUGAACUUCAUCAGACCACAAGUGUUUGAGCAGAUCCUCAACUAUAUUUACAGUUCCAAGAUUAUCCGUGUUCGUUCCGACAUGCUUGAGGAGCUCAUAAGCGCUGGACAGAUACUGGGAGUCAAGUUCAUUGCAAACUUGGCGUCACCAUUAUCAGAAGUUAAAGGUCUGCCCGGUUUGUCCAAGGACACAGAGAGCAAAAGUGACACAGCCACAGAGAUGAUGCCAAUCAUCACGGAGUCUUUCUCAAUAUCCGCAGAGGAAUUCAAUCAGACAAACAAACCUGCAGGUUCCGACGAUGACUCAGACAGUGAUGUAAUGUUUGUCUCGCAUACAGAUGCUGAACCUAAAGCAACCGAUCAGAAAGCAACCGAUCAGAAGGCAACCGAUCAGAAAACAACUGAUCAGAAAGCAACUGAUCAGAAAGCAACCGAUCAGAAAGCAACCGAUCAGAAAGCAACCGAUCAGAAAACAACUGAUCAAAAAGGAACUGAUCAAAAAGGAACUGAUCAAAAAGGAACUGAUCAGAAAGCAACCGAUCAGAAAGCAACCGAUCAGAAAGCCAGCUCUGGUGAGGUUCCUGAUGUAGAUAAAGCUCAGUCAGAAAACGUCAAAUCAAACCAAAAUGUAGAAUCGAGUGACGCAGCUGCAAAACCUGAAGAAAAAGCCCCAACCACAUUGACAACACAUGCUGCAAAGCCUCCCAGUACCGGCUGUCCUCAACCCACUUUGCCGGACAGCAGCCCUCUGCGCAGCCCGGACAGCAGCUCCAAUAACUCCUCUUCCCCUGCCAGAGUUUCCUCAGCAAGUGCUCUCACAACACCAGCCACAUUGAGUAGUUUCCCCCCCGAGCCAUCGAGUGUCUCCCAGUCGUCUGAGAACAGUGACAUCAUGGGAGUCCACAAGAAGCAAGUCUCUGCUUCAUCUCAGCAAGGGGAUUUCAAAAUACGGCUCCUCGAUGUGUCUCAAAGCUCAUCAGUUCAAAGUAACAUUCCCAAACCUGCCAUAGCAGCAAAAAAGACUGUGACACUCAACACUGCCACAGAAAUUGAUUCUAUUUCGUCAGGCUGUAAAGUGUAUGCCAAUAUUGGAGAAAAUACUUAUGACAUUGUCCCAGUGAAGGAAGAUCCAGGAGAAGGCGGCUCCAAAGCCAGUAAUGGGAAGAGAUCUUUAAUGGCAACACCCUUAAAACCCUUAGAUAAAACACCUGUGUCACCCAAGGCUGGACCAAACAAGAAGAGGACCAAAACGGAGCUCGAGGAUCAUUACGAGCUCAUCAUGGACGGCAAGACUUUCUACGUGUGCAUCGUCUGCAAGCGCCCCUACGUGUGUCUGCCCAGUCUCCGCCGUCACUUCAACACUCACUCGUGGGAAAAGAAGUAUCCGUGUCGCUACUGUAACAAGGUGUUUGCCUUAGCUGAGUACAGAACUAAACACGAAAUCCACCACACGGGCGAGCGGAGGUACCAGUGCUUGUUGUGCAAUGAAAUGUUCAUAAAUUACCAGUUACUCUCUGCUCACUGCAAGCAAGUCCACAAUCAGGAUCCAAGCGGGAGGAAAGAAAAAGACGACGGCGACAACAACUUAUACCGCCUUCUGCCGUGUAAAACGGUGCAGAUGAAGUCGUACUCGUGGCUCACCGACGGGCCGGGGGUCCCCGUCAUAUCCGAGGACGGCAGCGUGCACCACAUAACCAGCGUCGGUGAGGCCGUCCACUCUUCUACCCAAACCAGGAUGUUGAACUGGGACGACAUCUUCGUCAAGCCCGAAGCUGACAUGGCGCCUGACAGCCGCAGCCAGCCAGAGUCGACCAUGAACACUCCUCCACAGGGAGCCACAGAGUUUGGCUUUGUUCGACCAGAGACCUAUUGAGCAACACUCACUGCUCCUCAUUACCUGUGCCUUUUAGGUGCCUGUUCCCUUUUUUUUUUGCGUCUUCAGUUCCAUUUGUUUCCUAUUUUUGUGUAAUUCUUGAUAGUGUCCGCUUAAGGUACGGUCGCAUUAGUCUUUCAGUUCAAGGGAAUUAGUGGUCUAAUACUGUAGUAAUAGUAACAUAAUGAUGAUGCACUCCAGAGUAAUGUCAAAUGCGCACAGUGAAAUUUGAUCAAACCCUCUGAACUGUAAAUCUCCUGAUGCCGGCUGCAGAUUGCAUCUCAACAGGAAACCAUCGCUUGAGUUUGUCAGAUAUUCAGCUUUAAUUGAAGUCAAAGGAAGAUGGAGUAAAUGGGUGCAGGAUGGAAGUGUAAUGUGACCGUACCUUUUCUCAUGUUACUCUGCUUUAAUGCUAGCCUCGAUCUCUUAUAUCAUUGGGAUAAAUGAUAAUGAAAUUAGCAAAAAAUAAAAAAAAAUAAAAUAAAAAAAAUGCAGAAGUGGUUCAGACGCAGUAAAAUAGUAAGAGUUUACAUGAAUGAGAACAUUUCCAUGCAGGAUUCAAAAAUUGCCCUGGAAAAUAAGAGUGGUUCUCUCAGUAGCUGUACGAAAAAGGCAAAGAUCAUGUAAUUUUAAACAGUGUGAAGUCAUUGCUCUUGCAGACUUAGCCUCAAGUUCUCUAAUAGCCAGAAGAUUUCUGCUGUAAGAUCUGAAGCACUAUAUUAAAACGACACAUUUGCAUCAUGCCCCCUCUCAUUUUAGUGGUGCUUUUUAACAUUUAGGCCGCGUUGCCUAAAAGAGUGAAUGACGAUAAGCGGCCAGCUGAGGCCUGUGUCAUAAAAUGGAAACGGGGUUACCUAUUUUAAAGCGUGAAAGCUCAGUUGAGUAUAUUUUUCUGUGUAACCAGGUGACCUUUUUCUUUUUUCCCCACUGGUCUGGGUACAUGACUGCGUUUGUGGUUUCUACAUGUCUAUAUAAAUAACAAGUAUCCCAUCAUGAAAUAAAACAACGUUGCUUAAUUCUAAAGUCCAUCAUGAACAUUAUGAACCUCUGUCUGGUUUUGAGGCUCAGAUGUAAAUUCUGUUGUGAUGUUCAGGACUGAUCAUUCCACUUUACUGUAAUUCUGUACAAGAGAAUAUCAGUAAUGAUCUGAAGUAUCUUAUUUCUUUAUGUUUUUAUGGCAUUUUGGUGUCGAUUAAAAUCUUGUUUUAUUUUGAUACAACAGUGCAUUUUUAUUUCUCACCAUCAUGUUAUUAACUGAAAUGAUAAUAUAAUGCCCAAAUCUUCCCGACUACAUGGUGUAGGCGAGAGAUUUUGCGUGCAGUUAUGAUAGGUUUGAUAUAACCUGAGGAUUACUGCAAUCCAUGGAUCUAGCAUUCAUAGCACCUAGUGUUGAAUCAGACAGAAGACGUUUUUAAAAAAAAUAUUUUUACUUUUUCCACUCUGUUUUUCCAUUGUGUCAAAGGAUAGUGAUUGAAGUAAAAGUAGUGCUAACACGGGAGUCUGUUCUGUAUCAUGUCAUUCAGUUAAAUCAUGCAGGGUCUUGUUUUUCAAUAAACAGAUUAACAUCGGUGUGUGUGAUGUACUGUAUGUAAUUGUGUAACAGCCUUUUUUUAUUUUUUGCAAUUUCAGUUGUAUUUAUUAGGGUUAUAGUGGUAAAAUAAAAUAUUUCCCUGUUCUGUCAGUUAGCAGUGAGGGUUUUCUGAUGCUAAAUAAAUUAUUCUUUUGCUACUUUAA